CUGUUUCUCACCUAUCUGGAGUUCAAAUAGAAUGACAGUCAAAGAGGCGGACUUGUCAGGUACCGGCUCUGAAUAUGCCUAUUUGUUUACGUCACAUUCAAGUGUUCUCGGUUAGGUAUGACGAGCAUUACACGUACGCGUACAAGCUGUGAAUCGUGCCGUCGACGGAGGAAAAAGUGUGAUGAAGGGAAACCGCGAUGUGCGGCCUGUGUGCGACUUGGUAUCCACUGCGAGAUCAGCAGACCCGGCUUCGAAUUUGUCAACGAUACGACCUCGACUUUCAAAGACGAGACGCAGAACAGGCGAAGAUUCCGUCGAAAGGCUCAGCCUCUUACUAGCCACCAUGCGCUGGUAGACGACAGAGAUAAUGAUGGAGGUUCUAAUAUUUCACAGACAUCGGUCCUAGUCGCGGACAAUGAAGAAUAUGUUGCAUUUCUGCAGAGCCCACUGAUCAAAGGUGGGAAAGGGUCAGAGCAUGCUACCAGGUACUCGAUAUACAGCGCUGAAAGCCCCACCACUCGAAGACAUCAUGCACUGAACCUCACAAACAUAUCUACAUCUACUGACGACUCUCCACGAGCCACACCAUCAGGCGUAGUGGACGGCUCUGCGCCAGACCUCACGGCCUGGUUCUCGUGCUUCGUUGACUUUAGUCCAUCUGUGGCGAGCACUGUAGCGAAUGAUCCGCCGACUAGGGUUGAGGUGGACGAUCGAUUCCACGAAAUGCAGGAGGUAUUAUAUAUCCACCAUUGGCACACCCAUCUCCUGGAGACGCUACCUGUUCAAUUCAAGCAGGUGGAGAGUCUUACUGAUGGAUGCACAGCAUUGAGACCUGCUAUCAUCGCAUUGUCAGCAUGCGACCUAGCUCAAGCUCGAACAGAUGUCAGCUCUUGGACUAUCGAACACGAAAAACGAUGGCUGUUCUCGCCGAAUAAAGACCAUCAAAAUUAUGGGAGGAUGUACUACAACGUUGCUAAACGCGAGCUUGCGACGGCGGACUACAGCAAACAGGAACCCACUGCUGUCCUUGCUAUCUUGAUGCUCUUUGUAUACAUUGAGUCGCACAUUGGGUCCUUCCGAGGCGCAGCGUUCCACCAUCAUGGGAUCGAGCAUUUGCUUUCCUCGAGGCAUGACUUUUGCGACCAAUCUGCCCUUACCAGGGACUUGGUAAGGUCAUGGACGUCUCUGCGCGCCCAAAACUGGAAACACCGUAUUCCAUUCACAGUGUUGGAUUUCCAAAAGAGUCUGUUAGAUCUUGGUCUGAGUGUUGAGCAGCUGCUUGAUCCGUCAGAGGCGCGAGAUGAAGCAGUCAUAGUAAACAUGUUACAGUCGUGGCGCCUUAGUCUUAUGGUGUUGUUCGAGCGUUACACCGGUCGUGGCGAUAUGGAAAGCAUUAGCUCACGAUGUUGUCGGGAUUAUUACGAGCGUAUCAACCUGCUUGAAGUGACACAGCCAUGGAGACCAAAAGUCCCAAUCCCAGAUGAGGACUACGAGGCCCUCCUCCGCGAGCAGCGAACAGAGCUUGAUAGGUGGUACGCGGCACUUCCCCCAUCACAUCUCCCCAACGAGAGCUUCCGAUCAAAGUCCAACGCCUGGGACCCCUUGCAGCUCGGCCAGCCUCCUCUGCAAUUCGCCAGCCACCAAGCGGCAAUGAACUACGUCUAUUACGCUGCUGCACGGAUCUUCCAAUCCAGAGAGAACAUAGAGGAAUUCCUCGCGCUGCCACCUCUAUCUCCACAUCACUUGGCCCAACUCGACCCUCCCGGAGUCAAUCACUGGCUUCUUGUUCUUCUGCGUACAAUAUCUAGCCUGGACCUUGGGGCUUGUGCUCGUCACAGCUCCUAUUCCGUGGGCAUCCUUGAGAUCCUUCAUAUGUGCCACCUGCGCCUCCCGCGGUGCAGCCAGAUUGUCCAGAGCGGCGUCCACUACAUGAUUACAGCGUAUACUAACAACUGCAUUACCCACGAAGGUUCAGGUCUCAUCUUGGGCUUCCAGCACGUCUUUGAAGAGAUUGAAGAGCAAAGGAAUCUCGGUAGGGAUUUGUUUUAUAUCAUUCCUCGAUCCUCGCCAGAUAGCCAAAGGCAAUUGGCCUACGAUGAUGCCAACCCAUCUGUUGUCUACGGCCGAGAUAGAGCUACUGGGAAAUUUUUCUGUCAAUUAUUAUCCCCGAGGCGCAAAGUUCAUUGAAUUCAUGUUCUUAAUUAAAGGUGGGC